UGGACCCCGGGGUGGAGUUGGCGCGAGAUAGGAAAGUUGCCUCCUGUGCUGUACGCCGGGCAGGCGCGAGCUUCCCCCCGCGUCCAGCCCGCCGCGCGCGCUAACCGCGGGGCGCUGGGGUUGCACCCCCGGCAGAGGCCGGCUCCGGGGCCAAGGGAUGCGGCAUCCCCCUGGCGAGCCGCUGUGAUUUUCUCGCGAUUGAUGUUUUUAAUGCACAAAGGGCAGGAUGGCUCGCAGGACCCGCGGGUGAGUCUCAUGCAAUGGGGCGAGCUUCGUGCCCGCCCUGGGGGUGAGGAGCAAGAUGAGCUGCAUUACCAGGACACGGACUCGGACGUGCCAGAGCAGCGGGAGAACAGGUGCAAGGUCAAGUGGACUCACGAAGAGGAUGAAUGGCUGAAGACGCUAGUGAAGCAGUUUGGACAGAGCGACUGGAAGUUCCUGGCAAGUCACUUUCCCAACCGCACUGAUCAGCAGUGCCAAUACCGGUGGCUGAGGGUGUUGAAUCCAGACUUGGUUAAAGGGCCUUGGACCAAGGAAGAGGAUCAGAAGCUGAUCUGUGGGAGUUGUGACUGCUUGUGCAAGGUAAUUGAACUGGUUAAAAAAUUUGGCACAAAGCAAUGGACACUGAUAGCAAAGUACCUGAAAGGCAGGCUGGGGAAGCAGUGCCGGGAACGCUGGCACAACCACCUGAACCCCGAGGUGAAGAAGUCCUCGUGGACAGAGGAGGAGGACCGAAUUAUUUUCGAGGCUCACAAAGUUCUGGGGAACCGCUGGGCUGAGAUUGCCAAGCUGCUGCCUGGGAGGACUGACAAUGCUGUGAAGAACCACUGGAACUCCACCAUCAAACGGAAAGUGGACACAGGAGGUUUCCUCAGUGAAACAAAAGACCCUGAGUCCCUGUACUUGUUGGUGGAGGUGGAGGGCGAGGAAAGCCAAAGUGUCCAGAGUGCCGGGAACCAGAAAAACCUACAUGCUAGCUGGCCUGCCGAUACCUUGGAAAUAAAGGAGGAAGAAGCCAGUGAGGAGGAAGCAACUGGCUUCCAGGAGCUGCCCUCUGAGCAAGCAGCUGCAACGCUGGCGGAGGACAGUGCCGAGGGGGCCCCAAAGGACGUGGCACCUGAAGACGCAUCGCCGGAUGGCACCUUUCCAUACAAAUGGGCAGCUGACACUGCCAACUACUUGAGCCUGACUUCAGGACCAGCCUUUACGGAAGCUCUGGACAUGAUGGAAUCGGACCCAGACGGGUGGUGUGACCUGAGUCACUUCGACUUGCCCGAGGAUCCAGCCGCUGGCGACAGCAGCAGCAACAGCCCGGUCAGGCAGGCCCCCAGGAAGCCCCCAGCUCCUGUACCCCACGUGACAGAGUAUCGCCUGGAUGGCCACACCAUUUCAGACCUGAGCAAAAGCAGCAAGGGCGAGCUGAUCCCCAUCUCUCCCCGCUCAGAGGUGAGCUCUGGCACGCCGCCCUCGGUGCUCAAGAGGCAGAAGAAGAGGAAGAUCUCCCUCUCGCCCGUCACGGAGAACACCAGCUACUCCUUCAUAGACUCCUGUAACAGCAUGACGCCCAAGAGCACUCCGGUCAAGACGCUGCCUUUCUCCCCCUCCCAGUUCUUAAACUUCUGGACCAAACAGGAUACACUGGAGUUGGAGAACCCGUCCCUGACCUCCACUCCUGUGUGCAGUCAGAAGGUGAUAGUGACCACCCCGCUGCACAGGGACAAGACUCCGCUGCACCAGAAAAACUCAGCGUUUGUCACCCCAGAUCAGAAAUACGUAGCAGACAACACCCCCCACACGCCCACGCCUUUUAAGAACGCCCUGGAAAAGUACGGCGCCAUGCGGCCACUGCCGCAGACCCCUCACCUGGAAGAAGACUUGAAGGAAGUGCUCCGGAGCGAAGCUGGCAUCGAGUUGAUCAUAGAGGAUGACGUGAAGCCUGACAAACAGAAAAGGAAACAAGGACUGCACAGGAGUCCCAUCAAGAAGGUCAGGAAGUCUCUCGCCUUGGACAUUGUGGAUGAGGAUGUGAAGCUGACUGUCUGCGCCAUGCCUAGGUCCAUCUGCUUCAAAAGAGCACAGCCUGUGAGUUUCCUCUCGAGGUCUCUAAACCUUUCCUCCUCAAGCAGCAAGGACGACAGCAGUUUGCUCAAUAGGGGGUUCGUGCAGGUGCAGGUGAAGACUGAGAAGACUUCAUCCUCCAGGAAGAUCCCAAGCCAAUUCAGACCACCUGCUCCGAUGUCCAGUGCAUGGAAAGUAGUGGCUUGCGGCGGAACCCAAGACCAGCUUAUCAUGCAAGAGAAAGCUCGGCAGAUCCUAGGUGCAUUAAAACAGAGCCACACGUCAAGGACAUUGAUCUUAUCAUGAAGGAUUGUUGGUUUUUCUCUGCUUUACGAUUUUUUUUUUUUAAGUAGAGGAGGGGGAGGAAGAACACAGAAGAAUUCUCUUUGGCAAAGACACUGUUUAUUUUCCCUUCUCUGAACUCCAUGUUCCCUGGUAGAUCCAUAUUUUAAUAAAUUGUGCUAAAUACUG